GAAGAAAAUGACCAACAUCCUUCAAAAGUACAACUAGGUGAAGGUAGUUUUGGUUGCCGUAUACAAGGGAGAUACUCAAUGGUUGUUCCUGUGGCCAUAAAGAAAAACUGAGUGCAUCCAAAGGAAAUGGUGAAGACUUUAUCAACGAAGUUGCCAGUAUCAGUAGAACUUCUCAUGUUAAUGUUGUUCAGCUUCUUGGAUUCUGUUUGGAAGGCAGCAAUAAAGCUCUCAUUUAUGAAUAUAUGUCUAAUGGUUCUCUUGACAAGUUUAUUUACAAUAAGGGAGUCAAAGCCAUUCCAUCGUUGAGUUGGGAUAAUUUGUGGCAAAUUGCCAAAGGGAUAGCUCAAGGACUAGAAUACUUGCACAAGGGAUGCAACACUCGCAUUUUACAUUUUGACAUAAAACCACACAACAUACUUCUGGAUGAAAGUUUUUGUCCCAAGAUAUCAGAUUUUGGACUGGCAAAGCUUUGUCCCAUGAAAGAGAGCACUAUUUUCAUGUCAGAUCAAAGAGGAACAAUAGGGUAUAAAGCUCCAGAAGUGUGGAACAGACAUCUUGGUGGAGUUUCACACAAAUCUGAUGUUUACAGUUAUGGAAUGAUGCUGCUAGAAAUGGUGGGAGGGAGAAGAAACAUUAAUGCAGAUGCCAAUCACCGAAGUGAGAUAUACUUCCCACACUGGGCAUACAACAGGCUAAAGCAGGGUAGAGAAUUGAGAGCUGAUUGGGUGAUAACCACAGAAGAACAGGAAAUAGCGAGGAGAAUGACCAUAGUGGGAUUAUGGUGUGUUCAAACGAUUCCACAUGAUAGGACUACAUGAGUGUAGGUAAUAGAUAUGCUGGAAGCCAACAUGAAUUCCUUGCAAAUGCCUCCAAAACACUGAUCAUUCUUCUUCCCAUCAGUGAAGUAAUUUUCUUAACAUUUUCGGUUGAUAUUCUAUACUUCUGUAAAAUGAAUAGU